CGUUGUUUUUGUAAAUAGAGAGAUUAAAUCCAGCUGCAGGUAAAAUAGAUGAUUAAUAGCAGAGAGAUGGUAAAGUCAAAGGAUAUCGUGAUUUCUCCAUUCAAACGAAGUUGAACAAGAUUUGUCAAAAUGAACAUGAGCGACAUUUUCAGCAGUAUUCACUCCAAUGUAAACUGUGAUGUCUCCUCCAUUACUAGUAUUUUUUUUUUCAAAUAUAUGUGAAAUAUUUUUCUUGAACUAGAAAUAAUGUCGACUCUGUAAAACCAAAGUCUGUGAAGAUUGCUUUUCAUGAAUUUACUGACUUGACCUUAUUCUCAUUUGAACCUCCAUGAGAUACAUUGACAUGAUUUACAAUCAGCAUGUUUAGAAAAGCUGAAUGCCUUUCACCAGCUUAAAGUCUAAAUCCUUGUGAAAUUCAUGGUCUUGAGCAGAUAGGGAAAAAACUACAAUCUAGAAACUUAAAGUAUAGCAAUUUCACUGAAACCGUAUUCCUCCUGUUGCUCUUAUUGAAGAUGAAAAUGUCUCACUUUUUUAAACUGCACUGGUCUGGUGUCAUAAAGGAAAAUGACCUGUUGCACAGGGAGCCAAAAACACCAGAAUUUUAAAGUUUGAAAAAUAAUAUGUCCUAACAUGACAAAAUACAACCAGAAGUAAUAUAAGACUUUUGUUAACCUCAGCAACAGAACCACUGGAUGCUUUAAGAGAGCUUUAUGAUGCUUCUGCAGAAAUCAUUUAUUCUAAUAUGCUAGCUUAUUUAUGUAGAGCUGUUUCUCCCAACAGGUUGCCAACUGUUACAUUAUACAAUCAUACCACAUGGACUAAAUCAGAUGACACUCAUUUAUGGACAAAGAGGCUAUGUUUUUAUUGAUUUUGUCGCCUGUUCAACCACUGAAAAAAAAAAUCCCACAGGACUCCAGGCAGUGUCCACCCUGUCCUGCUGCCAUGGUGAAAAUGACACACUUGCAUCAUUAAACCUCUCACAUUAUUGGCACCAAACUUAGUUGUCAGACCAUGUUUGCCUCCCGUGUAUUGGCAGUGACAAGCACUUCAAUCUGACUGUGGCACCGCUAUUGGCAGUACAGUGAUUCCCCCUCAUUCAAUUACUUAGGCUGGGACUAAUUUACAUCCAUGCCCACCCCCCCUAAUAAAUUGAACAAACGUGUCAGUGGAGAAUGCAGAACAGCAGAUCAUUUAGCGCUAUUUGAAGGGCAAGCGAUUCCUCCAGGGAGAGCUUACGCCUGGAGGGUGUGCGGAGUGAUUUCCCUUGGUAGCAGUGCCUGACCAAAUAAACACACAAGGAAAAAUCUGGCCUCCAGCAGAGAGCAGUGCCUGUGGUGCUCUUCUGUACACACGCCUAUCAAUCAAGCCUGGUCUCAAGACGGAGGAUUCAGAUAGAAAUCUAUAAAAUCCCCUCAGUCACCCCACAGUGGAGCCACUCGUCACAUUCAGAUCAAUGGCUUCAACAGACUAACAUCCGUCAGCAAAAGGUCUUCAUAGAGGAAGGAAGAGAGACUACACUCAAUAACUGAUGAUAAUGAUGACUAUAGAUCUAAAUUUCCCUCUUCUGGAAAGCAUGAGAUCAAUAUCAAAACCUUUAUCAAGUGGGAUGGUUGUGUUCUUCUUUGUGAGAUGUCAUAAUCCUUAAGAGACAGAGAGAGACAGUGAGGCAUCAUGGACUCCUGGAUCUUCCCAUCAUCCCCUCCGAACCUCUCGGAGCACCUCAUGUACGACAGCUUCAUGCAGGGCAACGAGUCCGACGUUCACGGGAACUACACGGACCACACCUUCAACCGGACCAGCACUGUGGUCAUCACCUGCCUGUACUUCCUGGUCUGCGCCGUGGGGCUCUGCGGAAACGCCCUCGUCAUCUACGUCAUCCUGCGCUACGCCAAGAUGAAGACGGUCACCAACAUCUACAUCCUCAACCUGGCCGUGGCCGACGUGCUUUUCAUGCUGGGCCUGCCGUUCAUCGCCAUCCAGUUGGCGCUGGUCAACUGGCCGUUUGGCCCCGUGCUCUGCAGGGUGGUGAUGACUGUCGACUCCCUCAACCAGUUCACAUCCAUCUUCUGCCUGAUGGUGAUGAGCAUAGACCGCUAUCUGGCUGUGGUGCAUCCCAUUAAGUCCACCAAAUGGCGCAAGCCUCGCAUGGCAAAGACGAUUAACUUAACAGUGUGGGGCGUGUCGCUAAUGGUCAACCUUCCCAUCGUGAUCUACAGCGGUGUUAUCACAAAGCACGACGGCUGCUUCUGCACCAUCGUGUGGCCCGAGCCUCAGGAGGCCUACUACACCGCCUUCAUGUUCUACACCUUCGUCCUGGGCUUCUUCCUACCCCUCAUGGUCAUCUGCCUCUGCUACCUCUUCAUCAUCAUCAAGGUGAAGUCCUCUGGCAUCCGCGUGGGCUCCUCCAAGAGGAAGCGCUCGGAGAGGAAGGUGACCCGCAUGGUGUCCAUCGUGGUGGCAGUGUUCGUCUUCUGCUGGCUGCCGUUCUACGUCUUCAACGUGACCUCGGUGACCGGAACCAUCAGCACCACGCCCAUCCUGAGGAGCACCUUUGCGUUUGUGGUGGUUCUAGGGUACGCCAACAGCUGCGCCAACCCCAUCCUCUACGCCUUCCUGUCAGAGAACUUCAAGAAGAGUUUCCAGAAUGUGCUCUGCCUUAAGAAGGUGGGAGGGUUGGAUGAGGUGGAGCGCAGUGAUAGCCGACAGGACAAGUCUCGCAUGAUAAAUGACCCCACGGAAACUCAGAGUACUCUGCUAAAUGGAGACCUGCAGACCAGUAUCUGAGUGGAAGAUACAAGGUAUCACUUACAUGAAGAUCUCUGUGACACUAAUAACAGUCCGCUGUUAACAUCUCUUAGGUGACAUUACAGAAGGAGAGGAUGGGAUUAAACACUGGACACCGAUGUCACAAAGGAACAUGUCACUUAUUGAAAGUAAAAAAAAAAAGACCAAGC